UUUUUUUCGCCCUCAGCUCCAUCAUCUCAACCAAGAUGGGGCGAAAUUUCGCUCCGCUUUGACAAAUAAAAAAAGCAGAAGCAAAAAAACUGUGAAAAGCAAUAUGUCAAUAAGGAGAUUUUUCGUAAACAAUCUAAUGAAAUUGUAAAUUACCAAGUGCUUUCCGGCCUUUAUGGAGGUAAAAAUGCAGCACAACUCCCAGGCGCACUUGUUCCAGAUACAGGUUAAAUCCCUAAUCAAAACUCUAAAAUGUCUGCAAUCGGACGAUAAAUACCAGGCGCUACUGUUUCUCAUCUCGGCCAUUAAGCUGUAUGUCAAAUUUUUGUACAACGACAACCAAGAGCGUAUAUAUAAGCCGUCAAUACUCAAAGAAUUGAACAACAUCCAAAAUGUGAUUAUUGCAAAUUUGUUGAAAUCGCGCGGUGCGACAUCGGUUCCGUCAUCUUUGUCUGCCGCCUGUGAACUGCGAACCAACGUUCGCAAUAAUAUCCCGGGAACAGUGGGCAGUGAUGGAAUUUUGCUUGUACAUCCGAGUGCAAAACCAUUGCUUCCGCUCACCCCAUAUAACAUCACGGGAAAGCUACUACGUGGAGGACUCUUCGACGAUAUGCCGCUGUCCGGUGCAGUUAAAAUCAAACCACGCAAACGACUUGAUACGCUGACAUGCUUCGGUAAUGUCCAGCUGAAUCGUUCCCUUGUGCGGUUGAUUGCUUCCCGUAACUUCAAGUUACUGUUCAACAUGUUCGAACAGAAUAUCUUUCCAGCGUGGAAGAUUUUCAAGGCGGAGCGACCGAUUCGUUCACGCACUCGUACCACAAUGCCAGCGAUUUGUUACAGCGGUGGCUCGUCGCAUUCUCCUCCAGCAGCCUAUAUCAAAAAGGAAGAUUUUGAUUUCGAUCCGCCCUACUCGCUAACGGGUGACGAUCCAUGCUUCGAGGAACUGAAAGACGAGGACGAUGAGCUGCUGAUGCUGAAGGACGAAGACGAGGAUGAUUCAAUCUCCAAUGAAAUUUUCUCUGAAGAAUCCUCCACUAACAACACGUCGUUGAUGCUUUCCUCCGACACAAACACCCUGGACACCAACGACUCAAAUAUGCUGUCUGGCGAGCGGUGCAAGGAGCAAGUUUAUCAGUGUCUGUUAUGCGAUAAAAGCUAUCGGAAACGGAAAUCGUUGGUUAUUCAUUUCAGUCAUCAUCCGGGUUUCUGCCCGGAUUGUGGAAAGCAGCGUGGUGUGACCUCGGAGGAAAUAAUAGAGCACAACCGCGUCUACCACAAGAACAGGCCCCACAUCUGCGAACACUGCGGGGAAACCUUUACGCGUAACCAACAGUAUCAGGUCCAUGUGCAAGGUCAUUUCAUUAGCAAGGCACGCGUCCAGGAACAGAAUUGCAAAAAAACAUACAAGUACAGCUGUCGCACUUGUGGCAUUGUCUUCAACAACCAGAAGUAUUUGGAAAAACAUGUUCAAAAAACUUGCCACCAGGCCGAAGGUGUGGCCUGCGACACUUGUGGUGCAAUAUUCCCUUCUGAUAUCAAACUCUACCAGCACAUUGCGAGGACUCAUAAGAAUGAUAAACGUUUUACAUGCGAACAUUGCGCUAAAGUAUUCAACCAGAAAGCGAAUCUCGACCGGCACCUACUCUUGCACACUAAUGUACCAGAGAAGAAUUAUCCCUGCGAACAGUGUGAUGCCUCGUAUCUCUCCAUGGCUUCCCUGAAAGAACAUGCAAAGAUUGCCCAUAGUGGGGAUGACAAAUUCGAGUGCAACAUUUGCAACAAACUGUUCGCUGCUAAACGAUCCCUCAAACGCCAUAAGCUUUGCCACUCGGAGGAACGUCCUUUUCCAUGCACGGUGGAAAAUUGCAAAGAGGCCUACAAGAACCAGUCUCACUUGGCGCGUCAUAUGAAGACCGCUCAUCACAUCGAUCCGCCUCCCAAACGGAUGCAGAAAGCAGCUAAGAGUGAACCAGGCGAAUUUAUUCCCCUGGACCCGGUCGGUACUGGGGACUCAGCGGCAAGCAAAAGUAACCCAAUGAAAAAACCAGUGAUUGGGGGAAGCGACAAAUCCAUCGGCGAUAGUAGUACCAACUUCAGUGACAAUUUGUCGACCUACAACUAUGACUACGUAGAAACUGGAAUGGCAGUGACAGAUCCCAGUCAGCAACGGAUACAAAUGCUUGGGCCAGGAGGAACACGAUUAGGUGUCCCCCCUGCUGUCAGCUUCAAUGAUCCUAACUUGGGAUACGGCGGCCCUGCAACUGGUGAACAAUUUGAAUGGCAGAAUCUCGAAUUUGGUGGUGUUGGUGGUACAGGCAGUGGCGGCAAUGGGCCUGUUCUUUCACAACGUAACAUUGGCAUGGAGCCAAUCAAUCAAAGUUAUAUGGAUAGUGGCCAUGGAGCCAGUUACAUGACUGGAGGUAUCCCACCAAUAAGGGCGUAUUCGGAUCCUAAUCUGCUUUGCGAGCACUGCGACGAGGCUAAUUUUCUCAACAGUCAGCAGUUACAAGCUCAUGUACAGGAUCACUUUCCGGCGAAGGAUGGCAAAGAGCUUCCAGGGAAAAAAUUGCAGCGAUUGUUUUGUAAAACCUGUAAUCUGGUGUUUUCUAACGGAACCCAACUGGAUAGACACAUCCAGAAAACGAAUCAUCACACCGACAGCAUCGUGUGUGACCUUUGUAGUGCAAUAUUCAACUCUAAUCUCAAGGUUUACCAGCAUAUGCUCAAGUGUCAUAAAAACGAGACCUGGUACGCGUGCGAGCAAUGCUCUAAAGUUUUCAUCAUGAAGCAAGAAUACGACAAACACCAGCUGGUUCAUCAAACCGUCACUGAUAAAUCGGUUAUCUGCGAACAUUGCGCAUCUUCGUUCUUCUCGCAGGAAGCACUCAAAGAACAUAUCAAAAUUUCCCAUACAGUGGAAAAGAAGUACGAGUGUAACAUUUGCAACAAGCUGUUCGCAGCAAAGCGAUCGCUAAAACGCCAUAAACUUUGCCAUGAGGAGGAAGGUGCAUUUCCCUGUCCGGUCGAAGAUUGCAAGGAAUCGUUUAAGACUCCUACCAGUUUGGCAAAGCACAAAAAAAUGGUGCACAGCAUCGGUCCUGAUCCUAGUGAGAAAGGGGGAGCCAAAGGAAAAGCAAGUGCAACUGCAAAAGCAGCCAGUGAUAAAUUGCUUCCCGAACCUCCACCAGUUGUACCAGGACCAUCCUCUGGCACGCCAGGGAUCACUAUGGGUCCUGUUCCUGGUACGUCAGGCGCAAUUAAACUCGAACCUCGAACACCUACGGGUAUGUUAGUACCUCCUUCGAGAACCAGCAGCACAAGUAGUGCUGGCACUGGAAGUAAUCCGAACGCUAUACCGUAUGAUCCGUAUGGCACAGGAAUACAUUACAAUAACGUAAUGGGACAGGGUCCGCAACAAGCAACUCAUUUUGCGGUACAAAAUCCAAACAGUGCUCUCCACUAUGGAACGAAUGCAGCUCCUGGUAGAACCGGAAGUGAACAAACCAUGACUUACCGGAUUGAUCCUACUGGUUCGCCCGCUGCAGGUCCAUACGGCCAUGCAGCAGCAGGAGGCUACGGUCAGAUGAACAGUUCCUUCGAGUGGCGAACCAUGGAAAUGCAAAACAGUAUUGACCCAGGAAUGGGAACGUCCAACACCAGUACCGGUCAAACGGUUCAGGCCGUGGCUGCUACGAUGAAAGCCAACAAAUACUAUCCAGUGAUGGAUCCCAGUAGUGCCGCAGGCGGCAGUUUUAUCCACUCCCAACAGCCACAACAGCACCAGUCGCCUCAUCAUCAACAGCAGCAACAACAACUGCAUUCGCAACAUCCACAACAUCACCAGCAAGCGCAACAACAGCAGCAUCAAGUCGUUGCAAAUACUACUGCUCUGCAAGUUAAGAAUCCACAAGAAUCACAGCACCACCAGCAACAGAUGUUAAGUAUGAAUAGUCAGGAGUUUAUGGGUUAUCAGGAAAUUUGGAACGCGAAUAUGGUAAAAAUGGAAUACCAGGAUGAAGUAAACAACUCGAAUGUAACAGGAAGCUCGUACAAUAAUAUUGGGAAUAUUUUGUCGAAUCUAGAACUGAUAGGCAACAAUAGUAAUUAUGAGCAAAAUUAUGACAUUGUUCCGCCACCUACUGGCGGUGAUCAGCAGCAAGCACAGCAGCAACAAACUAGCCAAUCGGCUGCUCAAGUGUCGCAAGUUGCGCCUAAGAACAAUUACCACAAACAGCAGCAUAUGCACCAACAACAACAACAGCAGCAGCAACCGGGAAUAAUGGGUGUGGAAAAUCCGAUGGUUAGUCAGCAUCAUCACCAGCAACAGCAACAAUAUUUCCAAGAGCAUCACGCUCAAACGGCUGGUCAUCAUCCUCAUCAACAGCAGCAACACCACAGCCUUCAUCAUCCACAGCAACAGCACCAUCCCGGCCAUCCGGGUCAUCAUGGGCAGUUGCAUGGCCACCAUGCUCAACAGCAGACUCCCAGUCCCCAUCAUCAUCCACCUCACAUGCAACAGCUUCAGGGAACGCCACAACAGCAGCUGCAGCAACAUCAGUACAAUGCACACCAUCCACAUCAUCAACAGCAGCAUCCCCACCAUCAUGCGCAUGUUCCAGGGCCACCUGGCACACAUCACAGCGUGGCUGGACCAUCAUCUGCCUCAGGACAUCCCCAUCAGCUGCCACACCAGCAGCAACCAGGUAUGCCAGGCUAUCCUAACCAACCGCAUCCCCAUCAACAAUCCCAACAGCAACAGCAGCAACAACAACAACAGGACCACACCCUAACAGACAUAUCGAAAACCAAUAAUCUACAGUUCGUUGACAGCUUUACCGAGUCGAUCGACUACUUGCAGCAGUCGUUCCAAUACGUGUAAUACCAAGUAGCGGCAGUGAAAACAUCAUUCAGUUGCCUACUGUAAAGGAUUAAGAAAAGUUUUCGUAUAGCUUCGAAUCAUUCAUCUAAGUUCGGCUGAAUAUACACUGUGGUUGUGGGGUAUGAGGUGGGGGUUAUAUUCAACUCGCUCGAUUUAAAUUACUUCAAUUUCUCAACAUCUGUGAUUUAUACGUAUUUUAGAAAUUUUAGAAAGUUUCUAAUGGAUUGUGCAAACAAGUCACUAAUUUUUGUUUGUGGAAUAUUAACAUUCACAGUUUGUUCUUUCCGAUGCAUUUCAAAAUUUUAUGUAUUUUAUUCUAUGUUUAUUCGAGUCGUGUUUACAAACUUUUCCAUAUACUGAUAUUUAAUUUAGGCGUUCUGUAUUGUUUAAAAACUUGAGCUUAUGUUGAUCGUUUUGGGAUAGCUUGGGUAACUAGGCAUCCUUUGAAAAAUAUUGAACAACCAAACUUCCAACUUAAAGCGAUUGCUUACUCACUGAGGUAGUUUAUUUUUUAUAUUUUUGACUGCACAACCGCUUUUUAUAAUCUCACAUUUAAGUAUCGGUAGUAACAUCGGGAGUAAACCUAAAAGAAAACCUACGUUUACGACCAGCAGUACAAACUUUGUCGUACACAAUAGUAGAUAAUUUAGCUAUUUGACUAUUCAUUUUAGCUAUCAAUUUUAAAAAGCCAUUUUUUUAUUAUGUCCACCGUAUUAACCGUAGUGUGUCUAACAUAAAAACACGCACAUUGAAAAGUUCAUCAAGUUCAAGUAAAUUUUUAACAGAUCUGGACACUUUGGAACAUAUUCCAGUACUUUUGGAUUAGUUUCUAAUAUUAUUUUUUUUUUUUUCUAUAAAUUGAGCUUAUCUGUAAAAAAACUAGGUGAACUCAUACUUACACCCACGUAUUGUAAACGCAUUAUAAAAAAAUUAAAAAAAAACGAUUUUAUUUCAUACCAGACGACGGUAAUCUACCCCAUCACAAUUUGUUCUCGAUACUAUUGACUAUUUACAUCUUCAAAUUGGUUACAUGGACAGGUUUUUUCUGUUCGCCUGGUUUUAGAAAAAAAUCUCCGAACUCUUCAGGCGAGUAAGCAAAAGUUCAGUAAUUUUAUUGCAUUCAUCCCCACUCACCUCGAAAUAUACCCAGUAAGAGUGUACAGCCAUGGACAGUCAUCACCAACUCAGCCUCAUCCGUACUAACCCAGUUACACCGUUGCUAUCUAAUCCAUUUAGUUCUUUUAGAGCAACAUACUCGCUUUACUUCGUUUACUGUAUAGUUCGUAAGCAAAGCAAAAACAAAUCUGAAUCGCAAAAAGAAAAAAAAAAACAUACAUUAGAUUUCAUCAUUAUCAUCACCAUUCAACACGAUUCAUAAGCUCACAUCCAUAGCAUCCACACUCUAUAGCCCAUUAUGAGAUAAGUUCACAGAAAAUCUUUGCAUAUAUAGCGUCUAGGAAGAAGCGUUAAGAAACCUAUAUUUCAACACAGAGCAUAGUAUCCGAAACGGAAUAAAAUAUAGAUAUAUUACUACUCUUAAGUAAAUGAAAGAAUCAAACGAUUGCAGCAUGGCGGAUUGAUUGAGAUCAAACCCAGUAGAGAUUUAUAACAGUAUGACUGAGUAUGCAUGAGUGUGAACUGAAAAUGUUUUUUAAAAUAUAACAAAAAAUGAAAAUUUAAUUUUUACUGUUUUCGUAAAACAAUAUAACUAAGAGAGAAUUAAAAAAAACGUAGAAGCAAGAAUAAUACUUGUGCACGAAUGGGAAAAGAUGCAACACUAAGAAGAUUGAGAAACAAUAGGAAGAGAGAGAAAGAACAUUGUAAUUAUAAUAUGUACUAUAAGUGUUGAAACAGAGUAAUCUUUGUAUUAGAACCACAAUUAAGCUGUGGUAGGAGGCACAUAUGCAAGCAGAGAAAAAAAAAGUAUGUUUAGCCAGAGAGACGUAAUAUAUAUUUAAACACUCGUGCGACCCUGCGUCGGCGGUAAAUUUUAUUACAGAAGCAUGUUGUCAACGAUCUUCCGUUGAUUUAGCAGCGAAAUAAAAUUGUACAUCUCCACUUUUUACUAUGUAUCUCAGAAAUAGAGUGACACUAACUUCUUGCAUCCAGAAUGUGCGAGUGAAAAAAGGAUAAUAUUAAUGCAAACACACACUCAUACACAGACACAUACAUACAUAUUUGCUUACAAUAACCAGAUAAUACACACCCAAGCAUACUUGUAAUGAUAACAUACAUACUUGCAUAAAAAUAAUAUAUUGAUAAACAAGUGAAACAAACUAUUGAAAACUAUUAUAUACACAACACAAUUAUUAUAUUAUUGAUUAUUAUUAUAUCAUUAUUACUAUUA